AUGAUCAGACGGAGGCGGANCAUCCUCCCCUGCCACCUCUCCGCCGCCUCCUCCGCCUCCCUCCUCUCCGCCCUCCUCUCCCGUCUCCUCCUCGGCCCCGCCUGCCACCUCCUCCCCUCCCGCCUCGUCCUCGCCGCCGUCUCCCUCCUCUCCGCCCUCCCCCUCCCCUUCAUCGCCGCCGUCGCCGCCUCCCCGGCCGAUUACAUUGCUCUCCGCGCCGUCUCCGGCGUCUCCCUCGCCGCCUUCGUCGCCAACCAGGACUGGGUCGCCGCCAUCUUCGCGCCCCGAGUCGUCGGCGCCGCCGCCGCCCUCGCCGCCGGCUGGGCCAACGCCGGCGCCGCCGCAGCCCAGCUCGUCAUGCCCCGCGCAUUCGAGCUGCUGCGAGGUCCCCUCGGCUUCACCACCGACGCCGCAUGGCGCCUCGCCUUUGUCGUCCCCGCCGCGCUCCAGGUGGCCACCGCCCUCGCCGUCGUCUUCCUCGCAGACGACGACGACGUCCCCGGAAACAAGAACAAGAAGAACAACAAGAAGGAGUUGGAAGGUUCUGGAAGCUUCUGGGAGGUUCUGGAGGAUGGGGUGGGGAACUACCGGGGGUGGGUGCUGGCACUCACGUACGGGUAUUGCUAUGGCGCGGAGCUGAUAAUGGAGAACAUAGCGGCGCGAUACUUUUACGAAAAGUUCGGGCUGGAUAUGGAUUCGGCGGGUGCGGCGGCGGCGUUUUUCGGGGCUAUGAACGUGGUGGCGCGGCCGGCGGGUGGUAUGGCGUCGGACGAGCUCGGGAGGCGGUUCGGAAUGAGGGGGAGGCUGUGGGGGCUGUGGGCGGCGCAGACGGUGGCCGGAAUGCUUUGCAUUUUGCUCGGGAGGAUGGGGCGGUGGUCGUCGUCGUCGGUGGCGCCGACGGUGGCGGUGAUGGUGGUGUUUGCACUCUUUGUCCAGGCGGCCUCCGGCCUCACUUUCGGAAUCGUUCCCUUCGUCUCCAAGAGGUCAAUGGGAGUGAUUUCCGGGAUGACGGGGAGCGGCGGGGUGGUUGGCGCGAUGACGAUGCAGCUGCUCUUCUUCUCGGGAUCAAAGUACGCGAUCGAGACCGGCAUUUCCAGCAUGGGCGCCAUGAUCGUCGUCUGUACUCUUCCGAUCGCCCUCAUCCGCUUCCCCGAAUCCGGAGGAAUGUUCUGCGGGCCGCACUCGUCGUCUUCUGCGGCCCGCGACGGCGAUUAUGGUGUGGCAGAUGAAUACCUGCUGCUGCUCAAAUAACAAGUAUAAGAUAGUUGUAGUUUUCAUUUUCAUUGUUUUAUUUGUACAUGUGUGUGCCAUUCUUGUGUUGUGUCCCAAAUAUGUGUAUAUAUAUAGAUCAUUAGCUUAUUGUAGUUGCAUUGGCAUGUGUAAUAUGUAUUGCUUAUAUAUAUAUAUGGAGGAUUCACACUUGA